AUGGUUGUGACAGCUUUGGCUCAUAACUUGCGCAAGUUAGAAGGAUUUGAAGUUGUGGCAGAGGGAAAGGUGGGAGGACCCGAAGACUUGGCUUAUGAUAAAAUGAGGCGUGUCAUAUACACGGGUUGUGAGGAUGGGUGGAUCAAGCGAGUCACACUGAACGACUCGGUGGCUGACUCAGUGGUUGAAAAUUGGGUUAACACCGGCGGAAGACCCCUUGGACUUGCCCUCGAGAAAACUGGUGAACUCAUGGUUGCAGAUGCAAUUAAGGGAUUGUUGAGAGUGACAAGCGAUAAGAAGGUUGAAUUGUUAGCGAAUGAAGUUGAGGGCUUGAAAUUCAAUUUAACAGAUGGUGUUGAUGUAGCAGAAGAUGGAACAAUUUAUUUCACAGAUGCUACAUACAAAUACUCUUUGGAUGAUUACUUCUAUGACAUCAUGGAAGGAAAGCCUCAUGGUAGAUUCAUGAGCUAUAAUCCAGCAACAAAAAAGGUAACCCUGCUUGCCCGCAACCUCUACUUUCCAAAUGGAGUUGUAGUCUCAACAGAUCAAAAUUUCGUGAUCUUCUGUGAAACUGUCAUGAAGAGGUGCAGAAAAUACUACAUAGAGGGUCCUAAGAAAGGAAGAAUAGGGGAAUUUUCUCGCGAUCUCCCUGGUAUGCCAGAUAAUAUUCAUUAUGUUGGACAAGGGCAAUAUUAUAUUGCAAUGGCCACGUCUUUAACUCCUCAAUGGAAUUUAUUACUGAGAUACCCAUGCAUUUCGAAAGCUAGAGCAAUGGUUACAAAGUAUAUGGGAAGACUCCAAUCAGAGGACAGUGGAGGAGUUCUUGUUGUUGAUUUGGAAGGAAAACCAACUGCACACUAUUAUGAUUCCAGAUUAUCAUUAAUUUCAAGUGGGAUCAAAAUUGGAAAUUAUAUAUAUUGUGGAUCCCUUAUGUAUCCCUUUGUAAUACGUUUUGAUGUGAUGAAAUAUUCUACCCUUCCCUCAACAUGA